CCAUCAUGCACCAACCAGUGACGAUCGAGCUAGGGAGAAACUAAAAUCGACGAACAGAAGUGGGAAUCGAGACGGACAGACGCGAAGAGUGGAAAUUGCGGGAUUGUCGCAGCGGGAAAAUACCAAGUGUGAAAAAAAGAGGUCUCGAUGCGUGCGACAAGGGAAGGCACGCAACUCCAGGCUGAUGAAAUGAUUUGCGUGCUCUUUCCCACCACCUCACAACUUAAAUCGGCUCAUCUUCCCUCUCGUUGCCUCCCUUCCUCUUCCUUUCUUCCUCCCACAUCUCCAUCGUUCCAGAGCUCGCUCGUCUUCUUGUCUCGCGUCGAUCACUUCGUUGAUACCCCCUCUUGUUACUCCUCUUUGCUUCUUUGAUCUAUCCUCAUUCUUUGCGCGUGUGCAAAACCUUACUACCCAUCUCACCAAAAUGAAGACUUUCUCGCUCUCCGUGGUGCUGUUGGCCGCUGCCAACAUUGCCAACGCUGCUCUCUCCGUCAGCGAUUGUGCGCAAAUGUGCGUCAACAACAUGAACAGCAAGGCUUCUGAUUUGGGUUGCUCCAGCGGCGAUCUCACCUGCUUGUGUAAGAACAACGACUACGCCUAUGGUAUCCGGGACUGCACCGCCCAGGCCUGCCCUGGUGACAACGCGGCCGCUGUGCUGGCUGGCGCUCUUGCUUCUUGCCCUAGCUCGACCAGCGGCUCUAGCUCUGGCUUGACUUCUACCGUUACCGCCUCUGGAACUACCACUGGCGGUGCUAGCGCUUCGACCAACUCUGCUUCCACCACUAGUGGCAGCGGUACCUCGACCGGCACGGGUGCGGGUGCUACCACCACCUCUGGUGCCAGUUCUGGUACCACCAGUGGUGUGUCCACCACUACUGGAACUACCAAGACCACCAUUACGAGUGCCACCACCAGUACCACAUUGAGCACGGCCACCCUCAGCAGCACUGGCACCGUUACCACUGGCACUGGUUCCUCCCCGGAUUCUACCAGCUCUGGUAGCGACUCUUCUGACAGCUCGUCCACCGGCACUGGCACCGCCCCCGCAAGCUCAUCGACCUCUACCGGCGCUGCCUCUCACUUGAACGUCGCUGGUAGCGGUGCUGUCGGUGUCUUCGGUCUCGCUGCUAUGCUCCUCAUCUGAAUGAACGAUAAUGAUGGGUUGUUCGGUUAAUCUUGGCUGACGUCCGCGUCAAGCAUCACCGUUCGGCCGCGAUUCGAGUGUAUUUCACUAUUACGGUUUAUGACUUGCGAUGUUUCUAAUGCGGCUUGUAUAUUCUAAUAUGACGGGUCAUGCGGUAAUGACUAGUAGAUAAUCUGCCGACCUCCUAGUUUCUAGCCAUGGGGGUAAAGCAAGGUGCAUGAAUGGAUGGUAUGCGGGACUUUGUCAUUAGCUUCUUGAAUCAAUACACUCUCUUCAACUUCUAAUGGAGCUUCAUAUACUGC